AUGUCUAUCUAUCUAAGUGUCCAUAUUCUGCGAUACGUUCAGCAGCGAGACAACUACAUCUAUCAAUUCGUUAUGACUACCUUCGCGCGUCUUAACCUCGAUACAAGGUUCCUUGAUACCUGCAGAGAUUACGCUAAGCCGGUUGCGAACCCGUCUCUCCCCCUGACGGAAACCCUCGUCGCUGCAACUACUUUGUUCCCCGGCAAAUCCUCUCUUUCAGACAAGUACCCCAAUGCGUUCAGCGACUUUUAUAGCUGCGGCACUCCUUGUGUUUUCAAGUCUGGCCCCAGCUGGCCUGUCAACAAGGGACCCCAAGCCCAGGGAAUCGUCCGCGAGGCGCGUCCAAUCUACUAUCACCCCAUCCAGCCCGUCUGGCUAGAUAUCGGUACCAAAAUCAGCCAAACGCUCGACUCCAUGGCCGUCAAGUGGACAUUCAUUGGCCCUCGCGCUUACGCCAACGCAGGAGAGUCAGAGCUACUCUGUUCUUUUGUCUUACGUACGCCAUUCAAUGCCGCUACAACCAUCGUCGAGAAGAUUUUCACCGAGGCCAGCUUCGAGCCUCCCGUGGUGGCCUUCGUCGAGUCGUUGGUAACUCGCUCAGCAGGUCCCAAGCUGCUCCCCUUUAAUCCUCUCCUCGAGGACAUCCCCGAACUGCGAAAGCCGUUCACCCCUAUUCUCGGUCUCGCCAUUGCUCCCAGCAAGUAUCCCUUCUACGAGGGAACAGCCUCUCUCUACUAUCGUCUCCCUGGAAACGAUAACGGUAUCGCUGUCUUAACCUGCGCCCACGUCGCACGUCCACUCCCCGUCUACCCCAACACAGGCUUGACGGGUAGUCGUCAUCGUGAGGGGAUCGUCGCCCUCGGCACUAUGGCCUACAAUAAUGCUGUCGAAUCCAUCAUGGCCGCUAUCGGCAACCGCCUUCAUUCCAUCGAUUCCUGGCACCGUUCAAUUCAAAGGCUGGGGGAGGCUGUCGAGGGGAGAAAUCCUAAGGUUACCGAGAGGCGUAAUGAGUUCUUGCAUUUGGUUGAGAAGGCUGAGAAAGAGAUCGAGGAGGCGAACAAGCUGCACGAUGAGGUCACCAAAAACCUCACCACGAUUGAGCAGCGCACCAUUGGCCACGUCCUCCACUCGGAGAAGAUCGAGGUCUCGGUCGAGCCCCACGGAUAUACCAAGGACUGGGCUCUUAUCGAGCUGGACAAGAGCAAGAUCGAUUUGGACGCCUUUCAAGGUAACAAGGUUUUUGUUGGUGGUAACUUCUCAGUUGCUGACUAUGGAAACAUCAUGUUCCCUCAGCCCGACGAUCGCAAGAACUACGUUUACCCCGACGACGGUCUUCUACAAGCCUUUGGCGUCGUCCAGGAUAGCGACCUUCGAAAGCCCCAGCACCUCGAUGUCAAUAAGGAGAAGUGCCUGCUCGUCGUCAAAAACGGAUUAGCCACGGGCACAACCAUCGGUCGUGUUAACGGUCUCAAGUCUUUCACCCGCACUUACGAAACGUACGGCAUCUCUCACACGUCCAUCGAAAUCGCUGUUUUGCGCUACGGGUCGCCCGGCAAGUUUUCGGACGGGGGUGACUCGGGGUCGAUCGUCCUCGACAGGGAGGGCCGCAUCAUUGGAAUCCUGACCGGUGGCGAAGGCCCUGCUGACGAAAUAGACACCACUUACCUCACCCCGUAUUGGUGGAUCGAGAAACAGAUCAAGGAAACGUUCCCCGGCAUCGCCCUCUACGAACGUGUCGAGUAG